UGUGUCAGAUGUGUUAAAGCAGUUUUCGCUUUCGUCUAGUGUCAAAGUACCUUUGGAGCGCUGUUUCGAUCUAAAAAUACUGCACGGGAAUCAAGUUUCUUUUAGAAAAAUACAGCAAUAUAAAGACACUGAAGGCGAAUACAAAAGAGACCAGCUUGUUGUUGUGAUAGUUGUUCUACAAUAACAAAAAGUAACUACCUUUGAGGAGCUUUUCUGCGUUGUGGUUUGUUUGGUGGUGGAAGCUUUAAAUUAUCGAUUAGCAAAAUGGCAGACGAAGAUUUAUCGUUGAACGAAGACCAACUACUAGACAAUCUGGAUGAGGCAAAUGGCGAGCACGAAGCGGAACUAAUGAACGAAAACGAGGAGGAAUCCAAUAUGCAAAUCGACCCUGAACUAGAAGCAAUCAAGGCACGUGUUAAGGAAAUGGAGGAGGAGGCCGAAAAAAUUAAACAAAUGCAGUCUGAAGUGGAUAAACAAAUGGCUGGCUCAACAACGGGUUUGGCCACCGUGCCAUUGUCUUUGGAAGAGAAACAAGAAAUUGAUACCCGUUCAGUAUAUGUUGGCAACGUAGACUAUGGUGCUUCGGCUGAGGAAUUAGAGUCGCAUUUUCAUGGCUGUGGCACCAUCAAUCGCGUAACAAUUUUAUGUAACAAAGCUGAUGGUCAUCCUAAGGGCUUCGCUUACAUUGAAUUCGGAUCAAAAGAAUUUGUUGAGACUGCACUGGCUAUGAAUGAGACCCUAUUUAGAGGACGUCAAAUUAAGGUAAUGUCAAAACGCACAAACCGCCCUGGAUUGUCAACCACAAAUCGUUUCGCAAGGGGUAGUUUCCGUGGUCGGGGAGCACGCAUAUCUCGUGCCUGCUGUCACACUUCUUUCCGCGGUACACGCCGUCCAAUAAGGGGUUAUCGCGGACGUGCAAAUUAUUAUGCACCAUACUGAUUAAUGUUUUAUUCCUAUUUCUAAGAUUUUUUUUACAAUAUAUAAAAGAUUUCAAAAAACAUUAUAUGUUCAUGUACAUGCAGUUACCAAACCUUUAAAAAGAUGUUGAAAAUAUUGAAUGAUUAAUAAAAAGAGCAUCAAAAUAAAAAAA